ACUCAUUAACCUGCUCGACGAAGAAGAGCUGUCCGUCAGCACUGGUGCUGAAACUCUUAAAUCAAAGUGGGACGAUUUAGGCGGAGCGCAAGGAAUAAGCCGCUUUGGAGUUUCUCAGUGCUUAUUUUAACACGUACAUAUUUGUCUAUCAGACUAAUUUGGAUCAACACAGCUGGAUUGUCGUAAACGCAAUCCACUACUCCAGUACGACAAGGCACCUACUUCUGUCCCGAAUUACGGAAUCUUUAGACCACAGGUUAAUUAAAGAGGACCAUCGGAAGUGCCACAACAAUGGCUUUCAUGGUAAAACACAUGGUCGGGGGACAAUUGAAGAACCUUACCGGAGGUUUGGGAGAAGAGAAAUCCGAAGGAGAAAAGUCUGAAGCCGCCGCGCAAGGAAUGACUCAGGAAGAGUUUGAGCAAUACCAGCAGCAGUUAGUGGAGGAAAAGAUGGAACGUGAUGCCAGCUUUGCCCAGAAAAAGGCCGAACGUGCAACAGUCAGGACUCACUUCCGUGAGAAGUACAGGCUGCCAAAAAAUGAGCUGGAUGAGACUCAGAUCCAGCAGGCAGGCAGCGAUGUGGAGCUGCCCACAGAGUUGGCCAAGAUGAUUGCUGAGGACAACCAAGAGGAGGAGAAGAAACAGUCUGUCAUCGGGCAGCUGACCAAUAUUCAGAACGUGGACCUGGACCAGCUGAAGGACAAAGCCCAAUCCACACUGGAGGACCUCAAACAAUCUGCUGAGAAAUGUACCAUUAUGUGAUCUGUCUACCUCAGAUAAUACACUGUACACACAUGUGAACAUGUUCAGUAUUCAUGCAUACACAUUUAGUUCUGAGGUUAGUUUAUGAUAGACAUAUAUACAAUUGGCCCAUGCAACAAGAUAUGUACUCACACUUGUACACUUACUCAUGCUCAGAAUCAGGUGAGAUGUCAGUUAUAGACAAAUAUUUGUGUAGCCAUACAAGUGUGUAUGGAUUACACAGAUGCAAACACACUCUGAUGUAUCAUUUAGCUAGUACACAGAUAUUCAGGGGGUCUCCAAUCACUGAUAACUACACAUCU